AUGCAAUCAAACGAGCACAGCAAAUUAUCUCGCCGUACUCGUUUAAUUUUCGGCAGUGAUUCUUCAAGAAAUUCUUCUCAUAAUGCAAAUUUGAAGAAACAUCCCGAUUCUGUUGAAUCGAAUAAUUUACCGCCACCACCCCCUCCACCACCCCGAUAUCCCUUGACAGGUGACGGAUUUUCUCCACACACUGGAUAUGGAGUAUCUAGUGCAUCUGGUGAACAAACGCCAAAGUCUCCACCAAGGACUUCUUCGUUAAGACCUAGAGGGAUUCCGUUAAAACGCGAGUAUGGCUCACGUGAACGUAUUGCACAACCUGCAGCAUAUGGUACUGGGGAGCGCAAAAGUCUCAGGAAGCCACAGAUUGGCUCAUCUACUACUAGUAAUAAUAGCAGCUCCGAAAGACAAUUUCCAGUUGUAGACCGUCCGUCUCGACCGUUUACACUGACUACUACUAAUACCACGAAUACAAGUACAGCAUCCACUAAUACUACUCCUUCAGCUAGUAGUAGUAAUGAAAAGUUGACGUCAAUCGCAAUCACAAAGCAUAAAGUUGAUAGUUUGUGUCAGACGGAUCCUAGAAGUACACCGUUGUUGUCACGUCUACUGGCGCCUGGUUUUGCUACUUCAGUAGUCAGUUCAACUAUUAAUACUAAUUCAAAUCAAAGGAAAGGUAGUUUUCAAAGUUGCGGAUCAUCGGAAAGCGAUCGAAGUCCAGUUCCAAGUUCUUCAACACCUAGAGAUUUGUUAACUGAAAUGAAUAGACGAGAAAUGGGAUUGGACGGGCAUAGUCUUUCUCAAGUUUUAACAAGUUCUGGUGAAUAUCAAAAGAAGGAUGGUGAAAAUGUCUCUUGGAAUUCACCAUCGUCUUCAACACAUGUGCAAUCAACUAAUCGUGAUUGGCGUGAGAUAACCGAUUGGUCUGGUAAGCCAGCAUCAUCUGUUGUACAGUCGAAAAAUCGUUCACCUAAUUUUCAACCAUCUCCUGAUAGUCAGUGUUGGCGUACAGUAACAUCUGUACACAUAACAAAUGAAAAUAUACUACAUCAGUCAUCUUCGAACACGUGUUCAUCAGGUACACAAGAUGAAAUGGAGUCGAGUAUUGAUUCACCAGGAGUUUUCAAUCGGCAUCAAUGUGAUGUUGAAUCGAAUGAUCAAGAGAAAAUGUUCAGUAAGGGUGAAGAGUUUUCAACGAAUGCCUCCAGUUCCGGUGAUAUCGAUGAUGAUGAUGAUGACGAUGACGAUGAUCAUGAUGAUGACGAUCGUGCUAUACACCAAACACCACCUCUAAAUGAAGAGGAUAUUGAAUCAGAUACACAUAACGGUAAUCAAGAAGACAAUAACAAUGUUGGUGAUGAUAAUGAUGACGGCGAUAAUGGUGAUGAUGACGAUAAUGAUGGUGAAGAAGACGGCGAAGACGAGGUAGAGGAAGGAAUAGAAGGAGAAGAAGAAAAUGAUGAUGAUGAUGAAGGGGAGGAGGAGCAGGGGCAGGAUGAUGAUGUUACUGAAGAUGACAUUGAUAAUGAUGAUACACCGAAUCAUCCAGGUGAAAAUGAUGAGACUGAGACUACUACUAUUGCUACUGCUUACAAUCUUCAUGAUGCUAAUAAUGAUAAUGAUGAUGAUAAUAAUAAUAGCAACAACAACAACUCAGUGACAAUGAUGAUGAUGAUACAUCGUACAUCACACUCUUAUGUAAAUGAAUCUGAAGAAUUGUUUGCAGUGCAUGAACAACAUGAAAGGCAACUUCAACAACGACAGCAACAAGAAGAAGAACAAAAACGACAGUAUCAUCUUGAUGACCAUCAUCAUCAUCACCAUCAGCCGCAGCAGCAGCAGCAGCAUUCGGAAGAACAAAUUGAUUCAAAACCAUCUUCACAUUUCAAUUUACCUAGUUCUUUACAAAAGCCAUGUGAUUAUGAUCGUGAUUGUAUUGAUUAUUCUAACCAUGUUCCCUCUGGAGCAGGAGUUAAUGUGGAUUCUGAAGGUAUGAUGCCUCCCCCGCCACCGCCGCCGCCACCACCACCACCACCUUACAAGAUUCCUGAUCAUCUUGAACCGUUUGAUGAACCGGUUUUCAUGAAUAAUCCAUGGACACCACCGAACUAUCCUUUAUACCACCCAUAUCCCCAGCUCCCUUAUCCACGUCACCAGCAUCAUUGUCAAUCGAAGAAAAUUCCCCCCAUGGAACAAUUCGAUCCGAAACGAUUUGUAACUAGUUCAGUCAGCCUGACAAAAUCACCAACACUUCCAACAUUUGAUAAUCCAUAUGACUUGUUGUAUAUGAAACAGAACUGCCUGCCUGAAUCGUUUCCUCCUCCUUCUCUCCCUCCACCUUCCGCACCUCCAGGUGCUCUAAUACCAAGGCGUUUAAUGUGCUCACAGAAUCAGGAAGAAUUAUCCGGAUUGAUGAAAUAUGAUGCUAUGCCACCAUUUACAGCUAUUUCUCAAGCGUUUGGUUUCCCCAUCCAGUGGUGCUAUCGUGGUGUGUGUAUGUUGCCGCGUUUCCCGGUAACCUGUGCACCAUUCAAUAAUUUACCAGUGUCGUGUGGAGCAGCGACUGUAGCUGCUUUCGUUCUAACCACAACGACUUCGCAUAUAUGCUCCUUGGCGGCGGCGGCAGCUUGUGAGUAUAAUACUUCUAAUAAAAAUAAUAACAACAAUACGACCAAUAAUAAUCAAAACCAACCAUUUGUUGGCAAUUAUCAACCGGAUAUGCAUAGUGGCGCUAUUCUAGGACCACACAACAACAAGCCAGAGUUAUUUCUUCCAUCAAAAUCUAAUAUUCCGUUCGAUCCUGCAUCAGGAGGUUUUAAAAAUUUCUCCGAAGUGGAUUUUGUCAAUCUAUUAAAAGAAAAUCAACAAUUAAAACAACGCCUUGUGGAUAUUAGUGCUAGGCUUCAGUACAUUGAUGAGCUUGAAUGGCAUGUACAACGAUUAAGUUUACUAGUGGAAUCAAUGAUUGUAUCACAUCAGCGUCAAUGUGAAUUAGACUAUCAACUACAAAUCUAUUCACCAAUCUCAAGUCAAAAUGGUGCUGGAAUGGAUUUCGAUUGUAACAAACCAUCAGCUCAGCCGCCACCUGGACCACCGCCUGCACCACUAGCCAAUUCAUCAUCAUUAUCAUCAUCGUCAGUAGCAGCAGCGGCAGCAGCAGUAUCACCUUUUGGACCAAUUGAUCAAUUGCAUAAUAUGCCAGCAAAUCCUGGCAGUUUACCUGCUAUGCCGACUAAUAUGAUGACAAAUUAUAGGACGAAUCCACCAUAUAUUAUACCUCAGUGUAUGAAUAGGCGAGUUACACAACCAAAUAUUAUGCCAUCACGAUUUCAUGCUCCACAUGUAUUACAGUCAGUACAACAACAACAAUCUGAAAAAUCUGAGCAAAGAAUUCCUAUGUCAAAUUCCAAUAAACGUUCUAUGGAUCCACGUACUGUCUCUCUGGAUCGUGCAUCACAGCCAAGAAACACGUGUACAGCAUAUAAUGAUAUCGGUUGUAGUUGUAUAAGAUGUCCAAUGCAUGAAGUCUAUCCACCGUAUUCCAGAGAUCAUGCCUAUGUGAAUACAACUAAAAACGAAGAUAUCUUUUCUAUGCCUAAUAUACCUGUAUUGAACUCGAACAAUGCAAAUUUCUCGCCUAGUUAUCGUCGACGUCUUUGUCCUGUACGAACAACACAAAUUCCACCAUUGAUUAGUGCAGUUCAUUUAAUCCCACAUUCCAGCUUAUUUCCAUGUUCACCUCCACCACGUGUAUUGACUACUUCUAAUCCUAUUUGUUCUAAUAAACCAUUGUCUCAUCCAGCUAUCAAAAUAACUGAAGAAAAUAUCAGAAAUCGAAUGCCCAAAGAGUCAAGUCAGUCAGGUACAACUGGCAAUAACAACAAUAAUAGCAAUGGUAAUAGCAAUAGCGAUAAUAGUAACAGUAGGCAUAACAACAGACCAACUGGUCUUAAUUUUAUGACUGAAAAAUCUGAUAUCUUCGAUGAUAGUAAUAUGCUUUUAAGGCAUUUAUCACCGCAUAAUGAAAUUCAUUGUGUUAACACGUGUACAGUGGUCACAUCCUAUCAUCUAGAUCAUUGUUAUCCAUUGUGUGUUGUUGAUAGAGUUCCUGCCUCUGGAAUAAACUGUAAUAAUAAUAAUAACAAUAAUAAUGUCCGUAAUGAAGUGGAUAGUCAAAUAAUUGAGGGUAAUACGGACAAUAAUACUACUAGCAUUGCUACUACUACUACUACUACUAAUAAUAAUAAUAAUAAUACUAACAAGAGUAAUAAUAGUAAUCUGCCUCAGUUGAACACUAAUAGUGCUGUGAUUGCAACCACGCUAUCAGUAACAAGUACAACGCAAACAACAACUUCAACAGUAACGCCUGCUAGCAAAAUGUCAACCAUCACCACCACCACUUCGUCGGCGUCAUCGUCUUCGUCUCUGAUCAAAUCCAGUAAAACAACACAUGCUGUUGAAAAUACUAAACAGUCUAAAGAGAAAGUGGGUUUUACUCAGCCAAGAAGUACAGCAUCAACAACUACCGGCAGAUUACAACGAAAAUCAUUGUGUCCUACUACUACUACUACUGCAAAACCAUGUCCUACUUCAACUCAUUCUACUGGACAUCAGCAACAACAACAACAACAGCGGAAAGUUUCUUACGCAUCAACCAAACGAACAAAACAAACAGGUAGUAGUAAUGGGGGUGGUAGUUGUAAUAAUAAUAAUAAGAAGAAUAAGAGUAAAAAUUCUGGUGCUAGUGGACUCACAGUUGCUGCUGCUUCACUAGUCUCAUCAAUAAAGAAAAUCACUUCAAGCGUUAGUACGUCUGUAUCAUCACCAAAGGCACUGGAUAAGAUAAUGUCCACUGUUGUUAAUAAUCGAAACUCAGAUAAUCCUGAUGCUGAUUACAGUGGCAGUUAUGAAGGUGUAUCGAAUUCAAACUCUUCUCAUCAGUCUCAAUCAUCAGAAGCCUCCAGCCUAGAACCGGAUUCCACUUUAUCUGAAGGUCUGUUAACGCGUAAAUGUUGCAGUGUUAAACAUUCCACAUCGGAAUUGAAAAUUCCAACUUGUAGUAGUGUUAGUAGUUGCAUUAAAAAUCAACCCUCUUCUUCUAAAAUAUCCAUCAUUCCUGAAUUGUGCACUUCACCUCGAUUAUCAUCGUCUAGUCAUUCUACAAAUACUACUUCUUCUGUUCUUACAUCUUUGCAUACACUGGUAACUCCACUACGAUCUACAAUCACAUCUGUUGUUGCCGGUCAAAUGUCAACUUAUGAUUCUAAUACAACUAAUAGUAAUAUUGUUAUUCCUAGUGUUUAUAUUAACAGUCCAACUUCCUUGACACCUUGUCAUUCUAUCGACUCGAAUUCAAUGCUUGCAUAUCCGCCAACAUCACCUGUUUGUUCUUAUAAUUUCCCAAAAAAGCCAAAUAUAAUGAUUAUGACAACUAGUAAAUGCACUGGAUCGCAUUUACCAACACCGAUUAGUCAUACUAGUCAUACUGGACAAUCUCAGACCAGUAGCAGCAGUAUUAGUAAUAGUAGUCAAACAACAUUUGUAUCAAAUAUAUGCGCACCACAUCGUUCAAUGAUAAAUAUUCGACCGAGUAGUCUUUUGACCAUACCACAGAAACCAUCUUUACAAGUACACUUUACGCCGCCAACACGUCUGAAUUCGUGUAAUAUCGCUAAUAAUAAUAACAAUAAUAAUAAUACUAAUAGUAAUAGUAACAAUAACAACAGCAAUAAAAGAAGCCUACUCAGUUCAUCUGUCGGAAGUCCAAUUUUAGAUUAUUCAAGUGUAAAUCAAAAUUCUUCCGUUAUCAAUAGUAUUGUAUCACCAAAUCUAUUGCGUAAACAAUACUACUAUUAUAAAUAAUGAUAAUAAUACCAGUACCAAUAUUACCAUUAUUAUUAUUACUACUAUUGAUACAGGUUGUUUUUGCUGUUUUUUGUUAGUCUUACGGUUGCUCAAAAUUAUCUUUUUACUUUCCUUGAAUUUUGUUUUUAAAAAAUCCUCCCAUAUCACUAUUUCUGAAGGUGUAGGGUGGAAGGAGGUAAGGCGGCUAGGGAACGUGUCUAGCUAUUAAGCUGGACGCCUUCGCUAUUUGUGGCUUUCCGUUUAUGUGUGUUUGUGUGUACACUUAACUUGAAAAAAGACAUCUUUCUUUCAUUUCCUUACUACUUAUUAAGGAGUACUAAGGUGGCCAAUGGCGGAAAGGCUGGGGAGGGGAGGGGGUAGCUGCGUGGGAACACUAACCUUCAAGUAAAUGAAUAUUUAUAUUAUUAUACAUAAUCAUUAAAGUAUGCUUUUGUUCGAGGGAUUUUCAACAAACAGGUUUUGUACACAUUUUCAGUUUCUUCAUUUUGUAUCGUUAUUAUUAUUAUUGUUAUUAUUAUUAAUAUUAUUACUGUUGUCGUUAUUGUCAAAAUUGGUCGCCAAUCAUGGGAUCAUUGACUUUUCUCUUGUUUUCUUUUUGUUGUUUUUGUUUGUUGGUUCAUUCACGCAAAUGUGUUUCGGUUCUGUGCUUUUCUUUCUAAUUAUUUGUGCAAUUUGCAGAACUAAGCAACCAGGUACUUGUUGUGUUUCGCCAUUAUUUCAAGUUUGGCUUGAAUUUCCUCUUGUGUGUAUGUAUGUACUCUGCAUUUAUCCUUAUUUUAUCAAGAAGUUGUGAUCACUACACAUACAUGCAUAUAUAUAUAUAUAUGUUUAUGUCUUUGUUAUUGUUCUGUUCCACUAUCUCUGUGUGUGUCUCUCUCUACUUCCGUCUCCGUUUCUCUUGUUUGUUUUCCACUUAAUUCAAACAACAGUUGAUAAUGAAGUCUGUAUACUACUGUGCAAUCAUAAGUACACCAGUGGUGUUUGUUAUACAAGAUUCAUAAUACUUGUUCUCAUUUGUUCUCUUCGUUUAUUGUUUCUUCCGACGAUUUCAAAAAUUGGAUUAGUGUAAGGAAGUUGUAGUGUGUUGCUUGAUGAUUAGUUAUAUCAGCUGACUGAUCUGGUUCUUGGGAUAUAUAUAUAUAUUUAUAUGAAAGAGGAGAAAUAGUUAGGCAUUAAGCAAGCACAAUGUUACUGACCUGUUGGUUGUCAUCUAUCUUGACUACAAUACGUCUCCAGACGCGCCAUUAUAGCCAACUAAAGAGUCAUUUGAAAAUAUUCCCCUACACUGAGAUAGAAACAGAAAUUAGCUUAGCUUUAACUGCGUGACCCUGGAGAUCCUUGGAAAAAAUAAUCAAUCAGAAAUUUUUCGGUCAGGUUGUUAUGGCGACGCAUGCAUCUAGUCAUAACUUCACGGCUAACAAAGGCAGUUGGUCCGUCCCAACACCUCCACUUUUUUGAUAGAUAUUCAGUCUGGGGACCACUGGAAGAUACUUAUAGAUCUAAAUACUCUUCGUCUAGGAUACCGUCGCCCCUCGAAAUAGUGUAGGAUCAUUGUUUGGUGCACAAUUAAAUUUAUUAACAAAAGUAAAGAAAUCAUCACAUUAUUCCUUGUUCAGAAUCAAACAGUUGUAGCCGGUAUUGUGAAUACUAAU